GCCGGAGCCGCCGCCAUGUCUUCCAAGGGAAAGAAGAAGAAGCCGUCGGCGUCCCCGCAGCCGUCCCCUCGCACCCCUCCCUCUCGCGCCCGUGAAGCUCCCGGCGGCUGCACACUAGACCUGCCGUCCACCGCCGCGGCGGCGGCGGCGCGGUACCCGGCGCUCGUGCCCCGCGGAGGCGCCGGUUGUUUCGCCGGCACCGUCGCCGAUGUGGUCCCCAGGGGCGGCACCCACGGUGCCGAGGGGAGGCUCUGGCUCUCGGAGCCCGCCAUGGUCGCUGCCGGGCUGCGACCUGGGUGCCUCGUCUCUGUGUCACUCGUUGCUUCUAGUAACAGCUUAGAUGCCUUCCCACUUGAUAGCUUAUUUGAGGAGUGCAACAGAUUCUUUGAUCUUGACGUGAACAAUGAUCUCAUGUCUAAUGAAGCUGGGAUGAACUUUGUGACUGCCACAGUUUUUCCUUCACGUGAGGUUCAGAAGAAUGAUAUCAAGCUCUCCUGGGACCUUGCCUGCAUGCUGGGAUACCCUUUAGCAGGUCGUCCUUUGCUUAUUAGUCCCCUAUAUACAUCUCAAGCCCAAAAACAAACAGAUGGUGGUGAAAUUUUGCCGGUGAUAAAAUGCAGCGAUCUGUACCUUGGUCUAGUUCCACUGAAAGGGGUGGCAGAGUCUGAUAGCCAUCCUGUAAGAAAUGCGGUGGUUCCAGAGUCACCUAAAAAGAUUCCUUCAACUCCUCCACGCAGGAAUGAAUCCCAUGAUGCUGCAUCUAACAGUGGCUCUUCAUUGUGCUUGGACCGAGCCACUGCAAAAUCAGCACUAGCAGAUGAUAAAAUUAACGAGUUGCUGCAGACUUGUGCGUCACGGUGGCUCAGUGGUAGGCACUUACUGAAAGGAAACUACGUUCCCCUCUCAAUGUGUGGGAAACUAUCUAUGUUCAUAGUUUUGCGCGCAGAAAUAGAUGGUUCUGCCCUGGAUGUAGAGCAUGAGAAAAGCAACUCACUAUCUAAUGUGGAGGUCCCUGCUAAAUUUGUCGAAACCCCUGCUUUAUUCCUUGUCAGCAGAACCACAAAAGUGCAUCUUUCUGAUUUGUCAUCUUCAGAGGAGCUUGGGCUAGAUAAGCCAGUGUCCCCAUUAGAAUAUUUCAUGAGUGCUGAUACAGGAAAUGAAGAUUCCAAUCAUGAUCAAAGGCUUGGUGGGUUAUCUGAAGUGUCAGCAAAACUAAAAGAAAUGAUUUCAUUUUCUCUGUCAGAUCGAAUUGGUUUGCCAAGGCAUGGUUUGCAUGGUUUGCCAAGGUACAAAGGUCUUCUUCUGUAUGGUCCACCUGGAACAGAAACCUCUCUUGCUUCUUCAUGUGCCUAUGAUCUGGGAGCCAAUCUUUUUACAGUCAAUGGACCAGAAAUCGUUAGUCAGUAUCACGGUGAAAGUGAACAGGCACUGUAUGAUAUUUUCACUUCAGCUAAGCAAGCUGCACCUGCUGUGAUAUUUAUUGAUGAAUUGGAUGCGAUUGCUCCAGCCAGGAAGGAUGGGGGCGAGGAAUUAUCUAUUAGAAUGGUUGCCACUCUGUUAAAACUGAUGGAUGAGAUAGGCCGUAAUGAUCGUGUUAUCUUGAUUGCUGCUACAAAUCGUCGUGAAAGUAUUGAUCGAGCAUUACUACGCCCAGGAAGAUUUGAUCAAGAAAUCGAAAUAGGAGUACCAUCUCCAGGACAGAGACUGGACAUACUUCGCCACCUCCUAAUUGGAGUUCACCAUUCUCUCACUAGUGAGGAAGUUGAGUCACUUGCUUUCGCCACUCAUGGGUUCGUGGGUGCUGAUCUAGCUGCACUCUGCAAUGAGGCUGCAUUGAGUGCUCUUCGGCGUUAUAUCCUUGUAAAAGAAAGUUCAAGUCAACUACUUGGUGAUCAUGCCACUAACGCAAAGAAGUCUAAUAUUCGAGAGAUUGAUGCUCCUUUGGGGUAUGAAAUAACCUCAUUAUCGUCAUCUCUCUCAAAGCUAACCAUGUCAACCGAGGAUUAUCCCUGGACCAAUAAAGGCAAUAUCUCAGAAAGUAGCAAGCCUGAUGACAAGAAAGAUGAUUUGCUAUUGUUGGUGACUAAUGAUGACUUUGAAAAGGCUAAAAUGAAAGUUAGACCAAGUGCAAUGCGUGAGGUAAUGCUAGAACUUCCAAAAGUAAAAUGGGAAGAUGUUGGUGGUCAAGCCAGGAUCAAGAAGCAGCUAAUUGAAGCCAUCCAAUUACCACAGAAAUGCCCAGAGACAUUUGAACGCCUAGGGAUCCGCCCCCCUAGAGGAUUGCUAAUGAUUGGACCACCAGGUUGCAGUAAGACAUUGAUGGCUCGCGCUGUAGCUUCUGAAGCAAAAAUGAAUUUUCUCGCGGUUAAGGGUCCUGAACUUUUCAGCAAAUGGGUUGGUGACUCCGAAAAGGCAGUGAGAUCACUAUUUGCGAAGGCGAAGGAUAAUGCACCUGCAAUAUUAUUUUUUGAUGAAAUAGAUGGGCUUGCAGUAACUCGUGGCCAUGGGAAUGAUGGCAUAUCUGUUGCUGAUAGGGUACUCAGUCAGUUGCUACAGGAAAUGGAUGGUUUGGACCAAAAGAUUGGUGUUACUGUUAUUGCAGCUACAAAUCGUCCUGACAAAAUCGAUAUUGCACUUCUGAGGCCAGGUCGUUUCGAUAGACUGCUUGAUGUGCGACCACCUGAUGAAGCUGACCGAGAAGAUAUUUUCCGGAUUCAUACACGCAGCAUUCCGUGCAGUCCUGAUGUCGAUUUGAAUGAACUUGCUAGGCUAACAGAAGGCUACACCGGUGCCGACAUAAAGCUUGUCUGCAGGGAAGCCGCUGUUGCUGCGCUUGAUGAGAGCUUUGACAUUCCAGAAGUAGGAAUCACACACUUCAAGUCGGCAAUCGAUCGAGUAAAGCCAUCAGAUAUGAAAUUCUACCGAGAACUUGCGUCACGAUUUAGCCGAUUCAUUGAUGACACGAAAGCAACACUGCCGAUAGAAGAUACUGAACCUGCCAUUUCAUAGCCGAUAAGAUUCUUAUGUCCGUAAAUAGAGUUCACUGUAAGCACAUUCCUUAUCUUGUUCGCACAACCUCAAUGACUCGCCAUUCAGUUCUAAAAUGUUCUUUUGUACUUUAUAUGGUCCCAUUAGUCUCAGAAGUAGUCAGCACAAUAUUGCAAUCCAGAAGAACUGGUCAAUCUGGUAUAGUUUGGAAAUUUAGAUUAUGAAAAGGCGCAUGAGAGAAAUAGUUGGGAGUUUUGGUAAUGAUAUGCUUGCUUCUAGAGGUUUUGGCACCAUUCGGAAGAAGCUGAUUAGGAGUAUUUUGGUUGAAACUUGUAAGUUCUUAACAUAAUUGCAAUGGUAACUGU